CUCUGCUGCCCCCCUCCCUCUCUGUAGUGCGCAAUCUCUUCCGGUUGAAAAUCUGCUCGCUUCUCCACUCACCAGCACCAGUGGCGGACUGUUAAGAUUUAGAAGGCAGAACUACUGGAAAUCCGCACACAAGAUCAACAUGUCUGCCGAACUGCCUAAAGAUAUUAAUGUCAAGGAGCCCCGCUGGGAUCAGGAGACGAUGUCUGGAAGAGCAAAGCACUUUUUUACUGUAACAGACCCCAGGAAUAUUCUGUUAACCAAUGAACAGCUGGACAAUGCGAAAAAAAUAAUACACGAUUACAGGCAAGGUUCUGUGUCCCCAGGCCUGACAGAAGAUGAGCUCUGGAGGGCGAAGUACAUCUACGACUCCGCCUUCCACCCGGAUACCGGGGAAAAGAUGAUUCUGAUUGGCAGAAUGUCUGCCCAGGUGCCAAUGAAUAUGACCAUCACAGGAUGUAUGAUGACCUUCUACAAGACAACCCCAGCGGUUAUUUUUUGGCAGUGGAUUAACCAGUCUUUCAACGCAAUAGUAAAUUACACCAAUAGGAGUGGAGAUGCACCCCUUACUGUAAGUCAGCUUGGUACAGCCUAUGUGUCUGCCACCACCGGUGCUGUUGCUACUGCUUUAGGACUUAAUGCACUAACAAAGCGUGUUUCACCACUUAUUGGCCGUUUUGUUCCCUUUGCCGCUGUAGCUGCUGCUAACUGUAUCAAUAUUCCACUAAUGAGGCAAAGGGAAUUGAAAUACGGUAUUCCUGUCACAGAUGAAAACGAUAACCGGUUAGGAGAAUCAACAAAAGCGGCCCAGCAAGCCAUUACACAGGUGGUCAUCUCCAGGAUCCUGAUGGCUGCCCCUGGCAUGGCUAUCCCACCUUUCAUUAUGAACACUUUGGAAAAGAGAGCCUUUUUAAAGAGAUUUCCAUGGAUGAAUGCCCCGAUCCAGGUGGGACUGGUUGGGUUCUGUUUGGUGUUCGCAACUCCCCUGUGCUGUGCGUUGUUUCCACAAAAGAGCUCCAUAUCAGUGAGCCGCUUGGAGCCUGAACUACAAGAGAAGAUCAGAAAGACAAACCCUGGUGUGGAACGCGUCUACUUCAACAAAGGACUGUAAACACAAAGCCAUUUCAGACUCCACAGACUACAUGCGAAGAAUGCAGCUUGUUAGGAAUUUUCAGUCUGUGUGCCAAAGUUUGAUUAUCAUUAUUUUUCCUUAAAGGUUUUACCCAGUGUGUCUUUUUAAUGUCUUCACUGUAAAACACAUGUUGCAUAUCAAACCCAUGAAGGUUUCAAUUGUUUAGCAAUGGCAAAGAACUGAAGUUAGACACACCGUAUUGUCAUUCAUUGUUUACUAAUAUUUACUUGCCAAAAAGAAACCAUGAAACUGAAAGGUCCUUUAGUUUUAUAUUUAACUAACCUAUUGCUGCCAAAAAAAAAAAAAAGAAAUUUAUUACAAAAUGCUUUAUUUCAGAAUCUUUCUUUGCAAAUUUGUUUUAGAAGUGCAUAUUUGUUAAAUAAACUAAUUGCCAAUGAAUCCAGAUCUGUUUAAACACAGCCCUUUAGUAAAAGAUUCAAAGAUAUUACUGAGUUUUAGGGGAUGGCAAAAUUUGUGUUUAAUGUUAGUGAUGGACAACAAUUUACAGCGUCUGGUCAGAAAUGCUGACAAUUACUAAAGGAAGACAGUCAUACCUUCGUGCCAGUGGUAUACUGAUUAUAACAACAUUAUUAAGCACAAGCUACAAUGCAUGCACACACAAACUACCAAUGGCACUGAGUACCAGUCCUUAUUGUUAUUAUUAUUAUUAUUAUUAUUAUUAUUAUUAUUAUUAUUAUUAUUAUUAUUAUUAUUAUUAUUAUUAUUAUUAAUAAUAAUAAGGUGCUGAAAAGACUGUUUAUGAUUUAGCCGAAAUGGUUCCUAAAAUGGUAAGACUUGGCCUGCCUUCUCUUAUUGCAUCUCUAAUUUCACUGCCUAAAAGAAGCGGAAAAGAAAUGACAUGUGCCAAUCCACCGUGCAAGAAUCAAAUAGAUUGUGUCACGUCAAAAUCAGUGAUAAGUUUCUUUGACCGAAGCUUUUGACCUUUUGCAUUGAACAGCCCUAAAUGAUGACAGUUUCACUGUAAUAGAACAGUUACCAAGAUCAAGGUGUGACAACAGCAGCAACAUAUUUCAGGAGAAUUUUUUUUAUUAUUAUUUUGCCAGGAUGUGCAAUAAUAGAUACAAAUCUAGAAAAAUAAACGGUUCUAUUUAAAUAUGGUUUACAAUAAAUAUGUGAUGUAGAGAUUUCAAUACAGGUUUUAAAUUGGUAGUGGAAUGUCUUGACAGUGUUUCAUUGUUAUUGGAGGUGUUGUAUUGUGUAGAUUAACUGGAAGAAAUAAAGAUACAUUUCCACUGGA